ACCGAUCCCCAGAGUCCAGUCACAUGUUCUCCAGCUGUUGCACCUACUCAUUUGGAGAUGAAUUGACCAACGAUUCUCAGUCGAGAGGUCACUGCAGCACAACUUGAAAUCAACACAUAAGAAUGGAUGUGUCCUCCGAAACUCCAGAAAAUCCCCACUUGUCCACCAGAAUUUGCUGGUAACGCUUAACAGUUCAUCAUCAAGAUGUAUUUCCUCCAGCUCGCGCUCUUCGCGCUUCCUGUUCUCGCAACGACAGGAAGCAGAAAUACUCCCAAGAAACAUCACUCGCAGAAGCAGUCUUAUGCCUACAAAGGUCCUGGUCAAUACUACAUUGAAAACCAAGCCACUGGAACAACCAUGGAUCUCUAUCUCGGCGAUGCUGGUCCAGAUACUGCCAUCACUGCUUAUGAACCAACGAAAGACAACGCUCAUCAGAUCUGGCAAGUCGUUGCUGCUGCUCAAUAUCAUCAAGUUUUGAUCAUCAACUCUGCUACUGGGGCAAUUGCUUCAUGCCCAAGUGAAACCAAUGACGACGGCUUAUACCAGAUGAAGGGAGGAGAAGUUGCAAUUGACGGGUACUCACUCUUCACCCUGAGCAUCAACAAAGACAAAAGCGUGCAGUUCAAGAAUGUUCAAGAUCCGAAUCUUUGCAUAGACCUUCAGGGUCCGAGUGACGAAGAUGGGACACCCAUUAUUUGCUACUCUUGCCACCCAGGAGAAGGCAAGAACCAAAAUUGGAUCAUGGUUCCUGUUCCUAAGGUUGGGGAUGGUGAUGGGGAACUGAAGCUUUGAUGGUCAGGGUUGGAAUCAGUGUCGGGGAUGCUCAUGUUAUUUGAUAUUCGGGUUGCCUUCCCUGCUGAAUGUGUCAUUUCUACCAGUGAACAAUGCGUAUAAUCCUCUCUGGUAGCGUUGGCUUUCAAUCACAUUCAUGACGAGUUUCGUGAGCACAUUCUUCCUCCAUUCCUGCUCUUUUUAAUGUGAUUGGGGAGGAACAGAAAUCAAGGGAUGUAAAUGCUACU